UUGAAAACAGCAUGAAAAAGAUAUUAUGGCUGCAUGUCACCAAAUUUGUUUUGAGAUCCCCUGGAGUGCAGGAAAAAAACUGAUUAAAGAAAAAUAUCUUGGUAGAACAAAGGAGGUUUAGUUUAGCUAAAAUUGGGUAGAAAGUUAGCUCACUAGCAUUUUGAUAUAUUACAGAACUUUUUGCAAAGUAAUAGGUUAUUGACCUAUAGAUUAUUAAAUAUAUUUUUCUCUUAAAAAGCGGGUCGAUCGUGCAAACGACCAGGAGAAUGCUAAUAGAAAGCAUAUUUUUAUGAACUCAGGGUGAGAAAUUGCCAUUCCAACAGACCUAGGAUGCAGAUAAUUGUCACCUAAUCAAAAAUAUUAUUAAGAUUUGGUGAUUGGUAGAGUUCCCUAUAAAAAGUGCAACAAAUGGUCGGAUGUUAGAAGUCUGUUAGGCACUUAGUCAAAGAUAUAGAAAGAUUUUCUUUAGUCAAGUUAUGGCACAAAAUCAAAUUCUAAGAUUUUUCGGAAUAGUCGUAUGUCUAUCAGACGCUUAAUUAGCACUGCGCAAAAAAUAUUUCCUAGCCUUUAUAGUACGAAUACACACAUUAUACCAAUUCCAAUCAAAAAUAUGUAUGUACUCGUAUACUACCAAACAAAACUCCACUGUGAUAUCAGUAUAUGCAAUUUAUGGUAAUUAAAUCUUACCAACCCUGAGUCAUGCACUUUUGAACACUACACUCACAGUGAAUUGUCAGAUGGGGCAAAAAUCGAGAGAGAGAACACAGAACACGCUGCGAACACAAAGCAUAGAAAUGAAAAAAAAAAUACAAAUAAAAGAAGUAUCAAGAGAAUUUUCUCUCAAAAUAUAGCAAAAUCAUUGGGGCUUUUACUGCUGGUAUUGCCAAAGAAGAAACUAGUAUGAAAGAAAUAAUGCAUAAAAGGGAACCGAAGCAGACAAAGAAGAUAAUGGAAAGUUGCAAUGACGAACGAACGAACGAUAACGAAUUGUAAUCCAAAAAAAUGAAAAACCUUCACUAUAUGACUGCUUUGAACAGAAUGUACUGCGCCAUCACAAGUGAUUUCCAUUAAAAUUUAACCUACGAAAGCACGACAAAUAAAAUUUUGAAAGCCGGAGACCCAUACAAUGCCAUGCCUGCCAAAACCAACGCAAUAUCUAAGACUAUAUGAGGAGAGAAGCUUAAAUAAGUCUGAAACGAAAAAAAACACCCCACAAUAGCAUCAGCUGCAAUGAAAUCUCAUAACAUAGUUUCUUCUUAUUUUUCAUUGCAGCAAAGCAAAGACGUAAAAAUAAUUCGUGUUGCGAAAUAAAAACCCCUUCUCGUUGAGUUUGGGUUGUAUAGUCGGCACCGCCACACUUCCACAAAAGAGCCAACCAGCCGAAACAGCAGCAGGUUUUUCUCCGAGACUGAUGUGACAAAGAAAACUGCUGCUGUAUGCGUCCAUGUUAAGCAAGUUUGUACGCGUCGUUUGGCCUAAGUGGAUGUGUGGUGUAUGACUAAACUAUAUCAAAAGUGUGUGUGUGAGAAAGAGAGAGAACACUGAGUGAGGUGAAAAAAUUAAAAAAAAAAAUAAAACAAACAUGGAAUUGGGAAUAACAUCAAGAGAGAAACGUUUCUGGCUACAAUUUAUCGCUUUAUACAAGACAAAACCAGAAUUAUGGAAAGUCGAUAGCGAUGUCUAUAGAAAUAAAUCGAUGAAACAAGCCGCAUACGAUGUUUUGGUAGAAAAAUGCCAAGAAAUAGAGCCAUACGCUGACAAAGAUUAUGUGGUGAGAAAAAUAAAUUCUCUACGCACUUCGGCCCGCAAAGAAUUUCGAAAAGUACAAGAGAGCAUAAAAUAUGCAGAAUGUCCAGAGGAUGAGUAUGUGCCAUCAUUGUAUUAUUACCAAAGUAUGAAGUUCCUGUACGAUCAAGAGGAACAGGGUGAUAUUGAUAAUACAAGUGCAGACUCAGAAAGAGAGGAGGAAAUGGAACGAAAGCGAAAGAUCACAUCGAGAACAUCAAAGUCCCCAGCGGUGAAGAGGAAAAAACCAAAAGCCCUAGAAGAAGAAUUCAUGGAUCUACCCCUAAAAGGUCCGCCAAUAUAUGAAGAUAAUUCUCAAAUGCUAGCAAAUGUUUGGGCUAGUGAGUAUAGAAUGUUGUCAGAAAGUCAAAAAAUAUUCGCCAAGAAAGCUAUAGACGAUGUACUGUUUGAGGCCAAAUUGGGAACAUUACACCGGAAUUCGGUAAAAAUUAAUGUUAAGUCACCGCCAUCAUCGUCAUCACCAUCGUGGGAAACUGCAAAUGCCACAAACGUUAUAUCGAGCCAAACAUAUCCAUAUCAAGAUCAUGAGAUUAUUGAUCAGGCAGCAAAUGAUGAUAUAAGUGAGGAUUAAAAUUGUAAAAAUUCCCGCUGUUUCAAAAAGAACGUUCAACUGGAUUUUUUAAUUUAUAGUAUUUUUUUGUUGCUUUUAUUAAAUUCCAAGGUACAAUAUUAUGAAGUCAAAUUGUA